AUGGAGGGCAGCCCCAUGGAGCUGACCAAGGAGUGGCUGCGCAAGUUCUGCAGGGAGCAGAAGCUGUAUACGACGCCUUACCUCAACGACAAGCUGUACCUCCACUUCAAGGGCUUUGAACGCAUCCAGAAUCUGGAGGAGUAUACAGGCCUGCGGUCGCUGUUCCUGGAGGGCAAUGGCAUCGACUCCCUGGCAGGCCUGGAGGCUCUGCGCGAGCUGCGAUGCCUGUACGUCCAGCAGAACUGCAUCGAAAGGAUUGACCACCUGGAGAACCUGAUAGAGCUGGACACAAUCAACAUCAGCAACAACUCGGUACGGGUACUGGAGAAUCUGAGCUGCCUCCCCAAGCUCCAGACCCUAAUUGCUUCCAAGAACAGGUUCGACUCGGCAGAGGGCAUUGCACACCUCAAAGAAUGCCCGUCUAUUAGCGUUCUCGACUUGUCCGAAAACAAGCUUGAGGACGGCCAGGGCGUUUUGGACGUCCUCAAAGCCAUGCCCAAACUGCGGUGCGUCUACCUCAAGGGGAACCCCAUGGUGUCAAAACUGCCCAACUACCGCAAGGCUCUCAUCGCGUCGCUUCCAAAUCUCAAGUACCUUGACGACCGCCCGGUGUUCGACGCCGACCGCGCGUGCGCCGAAGCUUGGGCUCGCGACGGCCUGCAAGGAGAGCGGGAAGCGCGAGCGCGACUGAGAGAGGAAGAGCGCUCACGAGAGGAGCGGAACUUCCGAGCGAUGAAGCAAUGGCGGUCCCAAAGCUUCGCUGAGCGGCGCGUGUCGAUGGGGCUGCCGCCGCUGGAGGACGAGGAGAGCGGCAGCGGAGACGACAUGGAAACGGAACGGGAGCCGCCGGAACUUAUCCGGGCGCGUGAGACGCUCGCGCACUACCCCGCGAGACUAGGGGAGGAAGAGCCCCCCGAGCUGACGAACGCGCGCGCGGCAGUGCGCGCGAGCGACUCCCCGACCAGCGUCGCCAUGGAAGGCGCCAAGGCGACCGGGUUCGGCGGAGAAGCGAGCGAACAAAACAGCGGGCGCACCUCACCCGAGCCGGGGAUCCGGUCGGAGAUGGCAACCGAGCCUGAAGCUCAAAUCGAUUUGUCCCCGGGGGGUGCGACUGGGGCGGACAUGGUCGUCGAAGAAGCUCGCCUCGGCCCCGGGUCGUUGGACGAGCGAGCGGAUGUACCGGACGAGGAAGCGUCCGGAACUGAGCAAGCGUCCGAAGGGGACAGAGCGUCCGAAUGGCUUGAUGAGGGCGAAGAUGCUUUUGGGCCAUUCGUUGGCACGGCCGGGCACAUUGAGGGCAUGGAAGUAGCCAGUUUCGUCGCUCUGGACGAGGACGAGUUGGAUCUGAACGAUCUGGAUUGA